AUGAAAGCAUCUUCUAUCUCUGCUCUCUACGGCUUCUUCGCAGUUCUUAACGCAGGAACUGCAAGUGCCAAAGACAAAGAGAACCCCAUUCUGUUCCUCAGCGAAGACGACAGCUUCAACUUCGAUAUCCUCACCGGUCUUGGUCAAAUGGCCAACGACGGCGCAGACGUCAAUCCCGUUCUGAGUGUUGCCAAAAGGAUUAUCCCGGGCGAUUUUGAGAGCUACAUCAAUGAAUGGUUCGACCUUGCAAACAACACCAAGACCCAAGCUCUUGACCCCAAGGUUGCCUACGACCCUAUCAAUGUCAGGGCGACUUGGUUCUCUGUGUCGAACUAUUUCCGCCGUGCUGAUGCUUAUAAUCGCGCCGACUGGGAUGAUCCUCGCAUCAACGGGUAUUGGGAUGAGCAGCGUGCUGCCUUCGAUAAAGCCAUUGCGGCUUUGCCCGUUCCGGCGGAACGAGUUGAUAUUCCUGCUGGUGAUUUCAACGUCUCUGGAAUUUGGUAUUCUCAACCAUACCAAAACAACCAGACCAAGCGACUCCCCACACUCUUGCUCACUCAGGGCUUUGAUGCUGCCCAGGAGGACUUGUACGCAACUUUCGUUGCUCCGGCACUAGCUCGCGGAUACAACAUUUUCUCUUUCGAAGGUCCAGGCCAGCCAACUGUUCGUCGAGAGCAAGGAGUUGGUUUCAUUCCAGACUGGGAACGAGUUGUGACUCCCGUCGUCGACUACAUUCUCUCUCAGAAAUCUGCUUUCGUUGAUCCCAAGAAAUUGGUGCUGUAUGGUCACUCUUUCGGGGGCUAUCUCGCCGCCCGUGCUGCUGCGUUUGAGCCUCGCCUUAAUGCCCUUAUGCUAAACGGCGGCAUCUGGGAUGCUUACACUGGAUACGCCGCUCAUCUUACCCCUAAGCUUCGCAAGCUUCUUGAGUCCGGUGAUAAAGAAGCAUUCGACGAUGCCAUGAGCAAGAUUCAAGACGAUCCAGAGAUCCCCACCACCACCAAAUGGGGCAUCCUACAGGCUCUCUGGUGUUUCAAAACUAAGUCCCCCUACGAAUUCUUCCAGUUGGCCAAGAGCUACAACCUUCGCGGCGGCAUCACAGACCGUAUUCAAAUGCCAGUUUGGAUCGCCGACGGAGAAUUCGAAACACUUCAAUCUGGGCAGUCUAAGCCUGUUGCCGAAGCUUUGGGAGAUCGCGCUGAACUUCACAUGUUUAAUGGUACUGCUGGAUAUCAUUGUCAGACUGGCGCUCCUCAGGAAUUUGGUCGAGUGAUUUUUGCGUGGUUGGACAAGGUCUUGAACAAGGAUUAG